AUGCCAACUGAAUUACGUGAACCUUCGCCAAAUCUUCCACCUGAUUUUAAUAUAGCUACAGCUACAGCACUGGCAAUAAAAAGUACAAAUAUUCUAUCAGAUGCAUUACCACAGUGUGAAAGAUUUCUUCAAAAUAAUACUACUCAACCUUUCACAGUUACUGGAAAUAAUCAAAAUAAACAACAGCGACAGCAACAAAUCAAAGACAACGUAAAACCACGUCUUCAUUUAGACGUCGAGAACGUUACUCGUCCAUAUCUUGAAUCAACUCGUAUAUUAAAAUGGUUAGAAGAUCAUUCGAGAACUUCAAACAAUGCUAUAAGUAGUCGUGGUAAUCAAGCAUAUGUAUUAGCGUCAGCCUCAAGUUACGAUAACUGGGUUCGUAAUAAUUAUGAAUCACAAGUUUGGCAAACUUACCUUAAAAUGGGUACAGAACAAAAACAUUGGGCUAAAGAAGUUAUUCGACGUACAAAACGACGUGAUGAUUUAGUUAAUACUCGAUUUGUACAAAAGAAAAUUAAUCGUUUAACAACUAAUAUCGCUAGAGUAUAUGCUACUAUUUCUGAACUUCAAAUUCAAUUAUCAACUUAUUGGAUGCAUACAAGUUCUGAAACUACAAAUCAAAGAUUAGCUCAAACAACAGCUAAUAUAGUAGCUAAAAAGUUAUUAGUAGAAAAAGCACGUUCAACAGUAGCUCCAGGACAUGUAGGAACAGAUAGAGAAGAUGAAUUAACUACAGGAACUACUGAACUAAUUCCACCUGCUGCUCUGACUACUGCUGCUACGAAAAAUUAUGCUCGUGAACCAGUUGAACGUAUUUAA